GCUGCGGCGGGGGCGGCGCGAGCCCAAUACAGCCUCCCUGGGAUCCUGCACUUCCUGCAGCAUGAGUGGGCCCGCUUCGAGGUUGAGAGAGCCCAGUGGGAGGUGGAGCGGGCGGAGCUGCAGGCCCAGAUUGCUUUCCUUCAGGGGGAAAGAAAGGGUCAAGAAAUUUUGAAGAAGGAUCUUGUGAGGAGGAUCAAAAUGCUGGAGUAUGCUCUUAAACAGGAAAGAGCCAAAUACCACAAGUUGAAAUAUGGGACAGAAUUGAAUCAGGGAGAUAUGAAGCCUCCAAGCUAUGAUUCUGAUGAAGGUAAUGAAACAGAGGUACAACCACAGCAAAACAGCCAGUUAAUGUGGAAACAAGGUCGACAACUACUCAGACAGUAUCUACAGGAGGUGGGUUACACAGAUACCAUUCUAGAUGUGAAAUCUAAACGAGUGCGAGCUUUGUUGGGCUUUUCAAGUGAUGUCACUGACAGGGAAGAUGACAAAAAUCAGGAUUCAGUUAUAAAUGCCACAGAGGCCGAAGUUAAAGAGACAGCAAUGAUUGGAAAAUCCGAGUUAACAGAUUCUGCCUCCGUGCUGGAUAAUUUCAAAUUCCUUGAAAGUGCAGCUGCAGAUUUCAGUGAUGAAGAUGAAGAUGAUGACAUUGAUGGAAGAGAGAAAAGCAUCAUUGAUACUUCAACGAUUGUUAGGAAAAAAGCAUUGCCUGAUAGCAGUGAAGAUCGAGAUACAAAAGAAGCUCUAAAGGAAUUUGACUUCUUGGUUACAUCAGAAGAAGGAGACAAUGAGUCUAGAAGUGCAGGCGAUGGAACAGAAUGGGAAAAGGAAGACCAGUGUCUCAUGCCUGAAGCCUGGAAUGUGGACCAGGGAGUAAUUACCAAACUGAAGGAACAAUACAAAAAGGAGAGAAAGGGGAAAAAGGGGGUGAAGAGAAAAACUACCGAAGAUCUGUUUCAGCCUCUAUCCUAUAUAAAACAGUCAAAACAGGGAUGUGGGAGAAUGAAGAAUCAAAGCUCAGGGCCCAAUAGGUCAAAACUACAAGAUAUGCUUGCUAAUUUGAGAGAUGUUGAUGAACUUCCCUCAUUGCAGCCAUCUGUGGGUUCACCUUCCAGACCCACCACCUCCAGGCUUCCUGAACACGAAAUAAAUAGGGCAGAUGAAGUGGAAGCCUUGACUUUUCCUCCUUCUUCUGGGAAGUCUUUCAUCAUGGGAGCAGAUGAAGCCCUUGAAAGUGAACUGGGACUUGGAGAAUUGGCAGGCCUUACGGUGGCCAAUGAAGCAGAUUCACUAACUUACGAUAUAGCAAACAAUAAGGAUGCAUUGAGGAAGACAUGGAACCCUAAGUUUACAUUACGAAGUCACUUUGAUGGCAUUCGAGCCCUUGCUUUCCACCCCACUGAGCCUGUUUUGAUAACAGCAUCAGAGGAUCACACAUUAAAAAUGUGGAAUUUGCAGAAAACAGCCCCAGCCAAAAAGAGUACUUCUCUUGAUGUGGAGCCUAUCUAUACGUUCAGGGCUCAUAAAGGUCCAGUGCUUUGUGUGGUAAUGAGCAGCAAUGGUGAGCAGUGUUACAGUGGUGGUACUGAUGGACUGAUCCAGGGCUGGAAUACCACCAACCCCAACAUCGAUCCCUAUGACUCCUAUGAUCCUUCUGUUUUAAGAGGCCCUCUUCUAGGCCACACUGAUGCGGUCUGGGGCUUGGCUUAUAGUGCAGCACAUCAGCGUUUGUUGUCGUGUUCAGCAGAUGGCACUCUCCGUUUAUGGAAUACAACUGAGGUUGCUCCAGCCCUAAGUGUAUUUAACGAUAAUCAAGAAUUGGGAAUCCCUGCUUCUGUGGAUCUAGUGAGCAGUGACCCAAGCCAUAUGGUGGCAUCAUUCAGCAAAGGAUAUACAAGCAUCUUUAACAUGGAAACGCAACAGCGCAUUCUCACUUUAGAAUCCAACCUAGAUACAAGCAACUCUUCCUGCCAAAUAAAUAGAGUCAUCAGCCACCCCACUCUUCCCAUCAGCAUCACUGCUCAUGAAGACAGGCACAUCAAAUUCUAUGAUAACAAUACAGGCAAACUCAUCCACUCCAUGGUAGCCCACCUAGAAGCUGUUACAAGUCUAGCAGUUGAUCCUAAUGGCUUGUACUUGAUGUCCGGCAGUCAUGACUGUUCAAUACGUUUAUGGAACCUAGAAAGUAAGACGUGUAUCCAAGAGUUCACAGCUCAUCGGAAAAAGUUUGAAGAAUCAAUUCAUGAUGUAGCUUUCCACCCAUCCAAAUGCUAUAUAGCCAGUGCUGGGGCUGAUGCACUGGCUAAAGUCUUUGUAUGACACAAUGCAUCAUCUUCACCUUCUAGCUCUUUAUAAAUAAUCAACUGCACAAAAGAGAUACAGAAGACCAGGGCAAGAAUCAACCUGUCCUGCCCUUUUGUUCUGCUGAAGGAGCACAGAGAACAUUUGUUAAAGUAUAGUUUUGCAAUUCGUAUACUGUUUUCUAAAACUAAGGUUUGUUCAGGUUGCUGCAAGCUCAGCUGAAUCUGUGAGCCUGAAAACUGUUUCAAAUUUUCCCCCAAAUAGGAGCUUUUAUUUCUGAGGUGGUUCUAAUUCGCUAGGCAGGCCUGAGCGAACGUAAGUUUAGCUUGUUCCUAUUGAGUAAAUAGGGCAUGCUAUAUGGGAUAAUUAAAAACUUGAUGACUGGGAAUGAGUAAAGGAAGAACAGAAAUUUAGACCUACUUCUCCCCUGAGAAAUCUUGUUAAACACAUUAGGUAGUUAAAACAGUAAUCUCGACCAUAUCUGCUGUACUAACCCCUAUGUGCAUAAUGACCAGGCAGUGUUCAAAUGAGUUUUUAAUUUAGCUCUCCUUUCAUCUGUGCACAUAAAGCACCUGGCAAAGCAUUUUAUCUAUUAAGGGGGAAAAAAAAAGAAAUGCAAUAAUACGUUAAAUAUAUUAUUAUUCAGAAAUACUAAACAAAUAUUUAGUUUGUAAGCAGAUUUCUAUAUUGGUAUUACAUUUUUGAAAAUAGAUUUGGUACCAUUGUAAAGUUUAGCUGUCAGAAACAGUCACCAUUAUGAAUAGUUGAUAGAGUCUGCUUUUACUAAAGGAUUUAACUUAUUCAGGUUUGAGAUUCUGUUUAUUUUUAAGAACAAGCAGGGCAUAUCUUUAUAAUAAUUUCUGUUAAUUUAAAAAAUUCACUUUAUUCAUGUGAUAUUUAUAGUACCAGAGUGGUUAUCUCAUAUCGAUGAAAUCUUCUUACCUUUCAGUGGUUUGAAAAGACGGAAGUUAUCUGUGAGUACUCCUUUGUCAAAACCCACAUACCAUGCUUCAGAUGACCUCUUGCUCUUUCUUUGUGUCGCAUAUUCAAAUUAUCUGAUAUCUACCAAAAACAGUUUAUAAUUAUUAUGUUUUAACAGCCCAAAGGGUUUGAUUAAUGUCAGGCAGCUGCUUUUGCAGUACUAAAUAAAGCCAACUAUUUUGUACCCCAGAAGUCCUCCAUGAAUAUAUCCAAGAAGGGGAGCUCCCUGGAAAUCUGGAUGGAAGAGUUCAGUGUAUAACCUUGGCUAAAGAGUUGUCUUUCUCUUUCCGUGCCCCUACCCCCUCCUCCAUUCUUUAAUUGGAAUACACAGCAUGUUUUAAUAGGCAGUGUAUCAGUAUUGUUUCUGGGGAAAACUGUCAUAAAGGACCAGGCUUCCCUGAGCUCACCUAGCCUGUGACCCACAUGUGGCCAGCUCUUGGGAUUCCCAUGACCCCACUCUUUGGACCUAAUGUAUAGACCUCAUCCCUACAACUGUCUCACCUGUCUUUACACUCUCUUGUUUGCCUCAAACGUCAGAGACCAAUGUAGAAAUUAGAAAUAAAUUACUAAUGCCCAGCGUUUCAGCAAAAUAUAUGUAUAAUAGUUCUCAGAUUUAAAAAAUCCAUAUCCAUAAAUGUUUUAACCUUUUAAUGUAAUUCCUACAUUCCUCUCCCCACCUAUUCCAUUGUCAUAACAAUGACACUUCUGAUUAUAUGUAUAUCUACUCCUUGAAAACGUAUUCUGAUGGUGAUAUGGGUAGUAAUUGAUAAUUUUUCUUUAAAAUUUCUGUUUUCUGCCUCUAGAGUUUUACAGUCUAUAGGCAAAUUUCUUUAAAGAUGUGUGCUAGAUUUGCCUGAUCGAUAUACAUGUAUGCUUUAAUAUUUUGACACAGCUACCUUGUCAUUUCAUCUGUGCUUUGGUUAACAGUGGGCUCAAGGGACUCCUUUGUAUAAUCAAAUGAACUGACCUGGACUUGAGCUACCAGGUGAAUGUUUAUAUUAUUCCCACGCAGAUAUGGAAUUCCAUAUUUUGUUUGGUGCAUUCCUCUUUUGGUUUUCCGAUGAGUGAAAAAAUGGUGUUGCUGACCUAACAUUUAUAGAAGGAUACUGGAAAAUUCCAGUCAGGUGCCCUUACUUGGCAUAUUUAUGACAGAUUAAGCUAUUGCUCUACCAGCUACUGCUUUAAUCACCUCCCAAGGUCUUCAGUGCCUGUUUUACUUAAGUCACUGAAAUUCCCCAAACCAAGACAUUCUCUUCCCCUGCAUUUUAUACCUCAUGGUUGAAAUUUUUCUGUUAGUGAGUAGAAAAUGACCAUGAGAUAUGUAGACUGUAGUGCAAAUGAUGGAACUGUUGAAAGUUCUUUAGCAAGCCAGUGCCAUGCCGUUGGAGACCAUACACAGAAACCGAGAUUCUCCUCCACUAGCACUAUAUGAUCUCAGCCUAGAAAUGAGCCAAAGCUGUCUUCCAACCAGAUAGAAGCAUAGACAUAUGUCUGACUUCCCCCCCAGCCUAUUGAAAAUUUAAUGAAAAUCCACAAAAUGAACAAAUUCACGAUUUAAACAGUCGUUGAAAUGCUUGCAUAGUGCUUGAUUUGUAAAUAUUUUGGGUGAAAUAUAUGGGGAUAGUAUGAAAAUCAGCAGGAGAAGUGGGUCCCUGCCUUAUUUUCAUAUGCUGUGGAUACACCUCUGGGAGCUUGCAGCACCCUUCUCAAAACCCAACUGUCAUAUGAAGCUCAUUUGCUACUCGAACCCUAGACAGAUAUUUAACAUAAGUGAUAUAAUGACCUUCAGUAUUUUUCUAUUGAACAAGUUUAGCAAUUUUUGCCAUUAAACAGAUAAUUAGUUAUGCAAAGUAUUUAGCUUUUAUAAUCAUUUUAGUUAUGACUAAAAGGGGGGAAAUUAUGCUGCAUCACUGAUAAUGAACUUUGUGAAAAAUUUUUUGUUUAUCUUACUUUCAUUCCUUCAGUAUUCUUGCUAUAAAUUUCUUUUGGAGAUGAUAAAAAUUUAUUUGAAAAUGUCUAAAAUGUAUGUAUAUUUUAUAAUAUAUAUUAUAUAUAUUGUAGGAAUAUAUAUAAUAUAUAUAGACUAUAUAUAUAUACAUAUAUAUAUGUAUGUGUAUAUAUAUAUAUAAACCAUAGGUGCAUUUUACUGUUUUGUAUUUUUGUUUUUAGAGGUAGUGUGUACACCGCAGGUAAUGAUGAGUAUGAUGAGUGUUGUGCUGUUUGCUUUUGCAGUAUAAUAUAUAGUUCUAAAUGUUUAAAUUACUGUAUAUAUUAUAUUCAUUAUAGGCUAGCAUGCUUGUUUUAAAGACUGUCAUUCUAGUUUAUUAAAAUCUGAAUGUAAGAAAACCUGGCUAUUCAAAUGUGAAUUGAAAAAUAUUCCAUUCUCAGUACUGAACUAUUUCCAUUGAACAUUCAGGAUUUUUAACAAAACAGAUAUCAUCAAGAAGGCAAUAGCUAGAGAAUGAGAGGUGCCUUUAAAAUAAAAUACAAAUGCAGCCUUACAGUGAGGAUGAGGAUUGAGUUGGGGGGUGGGGGGCUAUGGGAGAGGGAGAGAGAGAGAGAGUGAGUGUGUGUGUGUGUGUGUGUGCGCGCGCGCCAAUCUGUGACGGUCCUGAUUUGUGACCAUCAAUGUCUUCAAUGUAUCUGCUCAACUUCUAGGAUUUCAGGGGACAUUUCAUGCGUUGUCUUUGUGCUCUUCUGAGUACCAGGUGUACUUUCCAAGGAUUUUGAAUGUGAAUUCCUAGAAAUUUCAGUAGAGAGGAAAAUAACUAUGCUUUCACUAUAGUCAAGUUCAGGUAAAAGGAGAAAUUAUUCGUUCACCAAAAUGAUGGGAUCUCUUAAAUGUUGGCUAAGUAAAUUAAUUUUUUAAAAAUGUAAUUUUUAAAGGCCCUCUUUUUUAGGACUUCAUAUAUUUCCCUCCUACAUAAGAGCAUGUCAUGAAAUUCUUAGGUGAUGAAGAUUCAACUAGUAAAAAUUAUUUUUAGAUUAAACACCUGAACUAGUUAAAAUACCACCUAAGAAUAGUGUUUAAAUGACAUCUUUCAUAUCUACCUCUUUGUCAUUGCUGCAUUUUAACUAAAGCAAAUCUUUAUGACAUCUGAAAAUGAUGAUUGGAUACAAUUAAAAAAUCUAUGUUGGUGCUUUUCUCAGGCUUUGUCAUUUAAGUUAUAUUGAACUAAGAUGUCACAAAUCAGAUUGAAAGACUUAAGAGUUUUGGUUUUCUUUUGAAAGAACUACUUAAAAUUUAUUAUCAAGGUUGAUAGUGAGUGGAUAUAGUUAAUCUCUGGUUAGUAUAUAUCUGUGAUAUUUUCAACCAAGAGCCAAACUUACUGAAUUUACAUGGAAAAAGAGCUCUAAGUACAGUUUUCUUCAGCUUGCUUUAUUCUUUGAAAGCUAUUUCAAGGCUAUUAAGUACAUAAUCAUUAAUUUUAUUUACUCAGAAGUUGCCUUUGUUACUGUGUUAUUUGUCUAGUUAUUUAUAUAAUUGUAGUACUUUAUGUGUUUGACACUGGGAUUCAGGUUGUACAAAAGUAGUAGCCGAUAGAAAUUAUAUGUAUAUUUUUGUGAAAUGUAUCAAUUCCAGAAGUACCUUUUAGGGGAAGGUCCAGAAAACAUGUCCAUCUUUAAAAACAAAGGACGGGCCAUUGGUAAAUGAUUUGAAUCAUUUUUACUUUCAACACUGAAAGUUUUUUAAUUGGCCAUAUCCAUCAUCCAGCUGGACCUCCAUGUCAGUGUCAGGGACAACCAGAUUGACAAAGUAUUUAACAGAUUGCAUCAGUUUUGGUUUUGAAUUUGUUCCAUUUUUGUUUUUGUUCUUAAUCUUAAAAAACAAAACAAAAAAGCAAAUUUAGGCCAAACAGAGAUCCCUAGAUUCCACUGCUUUAUUCUAGUAGUAUUCCUAAAGUGGUACUUAGGGGUCAGAAUUUUCUGGAUCUUUGCUAGUCAGCCUUUACAUUUGGUUUAACUGGGACAACAUGCUUGUCAUCCCUCUGAUGCAAACUAGAAAGUUCAUUUUAAUUUAGAUUAACUUUAAUGUCUGCCUGGAUUUUUAGCAGACUGUGAACCAGUGAGUGCCUUGUUAAUGUAGAAUGAUUUUUCCCUGGUUGUUAGCUCCUUUCUGAUAAUGUCUCAGAGAAUGGUAUUUUAGUUGUACAGAUCUGCUAAAUUCGGUAUUAUCAGCAGUCAGAAAGCCUUCAGCCUACCACAUACCUCCCUCCCUGCUUUCUUCUCAUUGUUUGGCUGAAGUUUGCCUCUUGUGAGAAACAAAUACAACCCCCCUCUCCACACACUUUUUUCAAUCCAAAUUAAGAGAUCUCCCCUACACCCAUUCCAUCUAAUAUCUGUUUUUAGGAGGAACCACUUCUUUGUAAUCCUGAAAUCUACUCGUUACUUUUAUGUCUUCUCAACUUCAUUUUACUAGAGCUGACUUCAGGGCAUCAUCAGUCCAGUUUCCUAAGUGAUUCCUUUUCUCCACACCCCCGAUUCCCUACCCUCCAGCUGGUGAGCCCUGAACCAGAUUGUUUGAUCUUCAGGUAUUUUUAAAUUCAGUUAUAUCAAUUAAUGUAAAUUAAUCCAAAUGCUAAUUUUUGUGGUGCAAGAAGUUUCUUUUGUAAAUUCAGGGUAUGGAUAAGCUAAUUAAGAUAUCUUUUCUUGGUGGCUCUAAGUGUAUUAUUUGUUUUUAAAUAAAGUGUACAAAUAUAGAUAAUGUGCUAUAGGUGUCUCAUGAAUUGAAAUAUUUUGGAAUCUAGUGGAUUUGCAGUUAAAAUAAUACAUCUUGAUUUUGUCUUUUUGGUGGGGGGAGGGGUAGGAGAGGCAUGCAGAGAAAUAAAAGGAGCAUUAGACAAAGUAGAUGUGAAUCCAAAGUAAUGAACCAGUCUUAAUUAUUGAUUGUGAGGACGGUAGAGAAAUUUAUCAUUAUGGAGUUUGAACCUUUGGGGAAAGCCAGUAAAAUUAAAAUACCCGAUAAGAUUGGGUCAGUAAUACUUUCAGGGACACAUGUAUAUUUUUUCAAGUGUUCAAUUACAUAUUUGUAAAAAAUUAUACACUUAUAAAUUUAAUGUGUUUUUAUUUUUUGUUUGGCUACUUAACAAACAUCAACCUUUCCCCUUGCUUUUUCAAAUCAACAUUAUUUUUCAAAGGCUUUCUCUGCCCGCAACUCACAAUCUCUUUGUUCCAAUCUGAAGCCAUAAUGUUAUGUGGAAUCUAAGGGUGUCCUUGAAACUAUCCGCUGUGCUUUGAUGUUUUGUAUGCUUCUGUAGUAAUAAGUGUUAUAUCCUUUGUCAUGGACACAUUUUUCAGUAGUGUCAGAAAUAUCCCUUUUGUCCCCUUUAAUAAGAACUGAGACAUUUGAUGGACCCUCUGGGGUGCUUCAGGGUGGUAUUCUGACCUGCAUUGGAUUUCCCAAGACCUUCCCAGAGUUGUUCUGGCACCUAGGGUAGUCCCCAGGAACACUUAGGAAUCUGGCAUCACUAUUUAACCCAAUCACUGUAACCAUGAAGCAUCCCUCCAGUUGUUACUUCUUGGUUACACCUGUUGCUUACAUUGAUCAGGACACUCCAGUUUUAUGGGGAAGCAUUGACCUGCAGGUCUGAAAACAAAUCCAUAUUUGCUGAACACAGACUUUAAUUUAGUAUAUUUUGUGUACUUUCAAAACCAAACAAUUCAAAACCCACCCUACAGAAAAUGACUCUUUGUUUCACUUAGAUCCUACAACCCUAAGCCCUUUCUUAAUCCUGUUUGUGUAAUUAGACUAAAGGUAAUGCUGAUCUCAGUCAGACUUGGAGGAUCUAUUUGAGUGAACAAAAUCUGCAAUAUCCUGCUAACGGGAAGGGCCUGUUUUGUAGAAAAUUCUCUUGUCCUUGAUGAUUUAGCCAUUCACCUUACAUUGAAGGCUGGUCCAGAUGCUAACUCCACAUUGACUUUUCCUGUGUGCCUCUUUAAAGAGAUAAUUAAUCCAGUAAUGUAAAGGAGGACCCACAGUAAAACAUCUGUUAAAUAGCACUUGGAAUACUAGAAUUAGUAUUCUUAAUUCAUGUGCCAAAGUUUUCCAUGCUCUCAUAAGAUCCAGUAUGUACACCAGCUUCCCAAUCUCCAACCUCAAACCAAAGAUAUUUUUGAAUUACCUCAUAUAAUAGCAUCAUCAAAUUAAGAGUAAUGGUAAGGGAAACCCAUCAUUCACAAAUGAAAUUUCCCAAACUAAAAAACUUUCUUUAAUUAAAAAAAAAAACUGCAUAGAAAGCAAAAAAGAUUUUUUAAAGAUUUGUUUAUUUAUUUUAGAGAGAGAGUGAGGGAGGGGCAGACUCCCUGCCGAGCGUGGAGGACUUGGGGCUUGCUCUCCUGACCCUGACCUGAGCCAAAAUCAAGUCGGACACUUAACCGACUGAGUCACUCAGGCACCCCAGAAAGUAAAAUUUUAUGUUAAGUAUGAGUUGUAAAAACAAGCAGCUUGUGACUUAGAUGUGCCGAAAUGUUUAAGUAUACUGACAUUUAGCUACUUCCUGAUGGAAGUGGGACCAAGGCAGUAAUUUUUCACCAAUAAACAAGAUUAACUUACAUUAGAGCAAAAGAAAUCUCAUCAGAAAGUUUACUUUGGUUGCUGGCUAACUUGGGUGAAAGUGUGGGGAAAGAAGCACCGUCCCAGGAAGGAAAAGCCACCAGCUCUGCAAUCUGACCUGCCACCCAUUGUCCUUCUUUUUAAAUGGCCGGGAACGAUGACCACUGAGAUCUUUUGACCUACAAAAGUAAAUGGUUCCAAUUCUGGUUUGUCAUUGGUCCCUGUUACCUAAAUUAAAGAUUCUUACAUCAAAAGUAUCCUAGCGCCCCUGGUAAAGUGUCAGACAACAUCGUUUUUAUGAUAUUUUAGGAAGCCAUAAUAACAUAGGCCCAGUUAAUGUGUCAUUUGCAUAUGUCAGAAUAAAGACCAGACAUGUAAGAAAUGUUCUCAUGUAGCCAACCUCACAUGAUAAUCUCAUGAAAAGAUUAGAGAAUUAUUUUUAUAGGAUGAGGUCUGUUUUGAAUGAUUUUGACUGUGCUUUUAAAAGCAUUUAAAAAUAUAUUUGUGUAUUUUUCUACAGACUUUUGAGCCCAUGUAUUUCAGAAUAUCCUGUUGGAAUAAUUUCAUUCAGUGUGUAUUUUAGAAAAAAAAUUCAUUGGUCUCACAUCUUUUGACAGUCAUUUAUGAAUGACACUCCUGAUAUAGUACUCAACUCCUAUGUAGACAAGUGGUAAAUGUCUCUAUUUUGACUGACUGGAAAAGCACUAUGGUUGUACAUAGUUUGCAGGUCAACAUGGAGACUUGUGUAUUUCAUACAUGUUAAAAUUAACAUGUAUACCAUGUAAAUAAUGUUAAUUAGCAAUGUCCCGUCAGAACUAUCAGCGUUAAGGUUAGAUUCUGCCAAUUGCCAUUCAGGAGUUUUGAAAGUAUGCACAUUCAGCUAAAAUGCCACUUAAUUCAUUUAAAUGGAAACUUUGUUUUUCAGUGAAACAGUACCUGUUCAGUUUCCUUGUAGAUCUCAGGGUCAGAAGAAAGGCUUUCUCCCAGCUCUAAAACAUUCAGGCUUUCUUUUACUCAUUUUGGUCAGCCUUUUAAACAAGCAAGACAAUAAGCUCCUAUUUUUCAUAUCCUACAAUACUUGGGAAUACACAUCUAAUGAUUCCAAUUAAAAAAAAAAAAAACCUUGCAAGCAGAUUGUUUCUUCUUAGCAACAUCGUUGCUUUCUGGAGGCAGAAAUGAUUUUAUUUUUGAAAUUGAAAGUUAGUGAUCCAUGUAGUUUUCUGUCCUUGAUUUAUGCAAGUUACAUAGAGCUUGCUUCUGCAGAUCAACACAAAUUUUAUUUUGUGUGAUUUUUAAAAAUUAUUUUGGAAGUGCAAAGACUAGCAAGGAAGAUAUGUUUAUUUUAUGUAUUUCAAAAUUUUGCGGAUUUUUUUGUGGUAUGGGGAGCAGGUAGUGAUGAGUUUUAUUAUGAAUUUAUACCCCAUUAUACCCCAUCCUCAACUCAGACUUUACAUAUUAAGUAUUACUUACUGUCACCUAACAAACUAAAAGCAGUUAAUGAUUAUUUGUUUGCUUCAGUGUCUAUAAGCUCCUCUUUUUUUUUUUUUUAUAUAUUCCCCUUAGCACCUCUCCUGGUGCCUUACCAUAUAAAAAAUACUCAAUAACUAUUUGUUGGGUGAGUAAUCAGCACAUUUUCAAAACUCUAAAUCUAUCCAGAUCUUCAAAGACAAAAAAAAAAAAAAAUAGUAAUCUCUGCCAGUCCCUAGCCAAUCUCAAAUGUACUUAGAUCUGUGAAGCUGAUCCCAAGAUUGAGGUGUGCACCCUAAUUAGGGAGGAAUUGGGACCUCACCUGGAAGGCGUCAGUAGAAUGCCAAAGGCACCACCCUCCCGCUGCUGUGCACUUCCAGUCCUGCCAGCAUUGGAAUUGAGCCUGUGGGUGACAACGAGAUGUAUCUGAACCCUGUUAAGGUGCCCCUUCUUUCCCUAACCUCCACAGCACCACCCCACUGGCCUCUGCUCCCCUGUGGGGCCGCUGAUGCAGUCUGGAACCUCAACCUGCCAGGACUGUCCUGGGCCCAGGCCAGGUCCACCGCUCAUUCCUCGUGACCCACAGACGGUCCUGCUAUUCCUAACUGGCUGGGGUGUUUUUUUCCAAAGAAGUAGGAAGUUCCUCCCCGCAGAAGAUUGUCAAGAAAGACAUUCCUCUGGGGAGCUUACCUUGAAUUUGAAGAAUCUAGGACAAAUCCCUCAGGAUGUUUUCAGGGCUGCUUUUUGUCUAGAACAUUUGAUGGUAAUUAUCUAAAUGUUUAUUAACUCUCCCCGGAAGAGCUCUGUGUUGUCUCAGUUUGCUGCUACCACUCUCCCAGGGCCCAGGUGGCUAGCGGCCUUGAGCUGCAGAGCUCAAUGGCUUCGGGAGUAAAAUAGCCAACAAGUUAGAGACAGACUAUUUAUAUAUAACAAUCAAAUGACUUACAUCAUUAAUAGAAUCAUCAACAGAAUAGUGAAUUGUGUAUGAAAUAUUCAAUUAAAUCUCAAUGUUAAACCUAUGUAUUAUGUAGGAAUUAUCUCUUUUUUAAUUAUUAAAAUAUGAUUCUUUUAAGAUCAGUACCAGCACAAAGAAAGGAACAGGGUUUUGGCCUGGGCACAGAAUAUUUAUUGUCAGUGAAACUUUAGUUAGGCUAACUCUUAUGAGUUGGUUUCUUAUCUGCGAGAAGGAGAUUAUAGACCUGCCUGAUAGAUUGAUAUGAGAUAAUAGAUACAAAACACCUGAUAAAAUGUUGGGCAGUAAUAAACAUCCAACAAGUAAUUAUUAUUCACUCCUUGAAUUCACACUUUUUGUCACGUAAUUCUGUCACACUCCUGAUAACUUCAAGAAUAUCAGAUAUUUAGGAGAAAUAAGGUUAAAAUGAACAUCAAGAGUAGCCCUAAAAGUUAUCCAUAAAAUUGACUUUCCUCAAUAUUUGAGUGCCUGCCAUGUGCCAGGCCAUUCUAGGCGCUGGCGUGCAGCAUCAAACAGACAAAAUCCUUUGUCUGAGGUGGCUUACAUUCCAGCUGAGGAAAACAACAAAUAAUAUAGGUUAAAAAUACAGAAUAUGAGUGAUAAGUGUCAAGGAUAAACAAAGGGAAAGGAGAUGAUUUUUCUUAGACGUAAAAAGUGAUACAAUUGAAAUUAAUACAAUUAAUUAAAAGAGCAACACAAGGGGGACCUGGCUGUCUCAGUUGGAAGACUGCUACUCUUGACCUUGGGGUUGGAAGUUUGAGCCUUAUGUUGGCUGUAGAGAUUACCUAAAUAAAUAAAAACUUAAAAAGCGCAACAGAAAGGAGCAAUAAAUAAGUAAUGAAGACACACUGAGGCAGAAUUCAUCAUAUCCCACCAUACCAUUUCACUCCCACCCCCCCUUGUAGUAAUAGCGUGAUACAUGUAUCUCUGUUCUUGUUCGUACCAGUGUGUGUACACAAAUACUACAUGGAGUUUUGUCUUACUCUCCAUGUUCUCUGCAACUUGAUUUUAAAAUUUAAUGUAUAUUUUGAGCAACUUAUAAGUCUAUACAUAUAUAGAUUUCUUUUAAAUUCCUUAAUAUUCACACACGAUCUUAUAUAAAUAAAAUGAGAUUUUUUUUGGUGGAUCUUCUUGCUUUAAAUAAAUGAGAUAAUACAUGUCCUCUGCAUCUUUCCUCAUCCAAACAUAUGUGAUUGAAAUUCCUCCAAGUCUGUCUUAUAGCUGUUAUUUCAUUCUUUUUAAUGAUGAAUACUCUAAUGAAGAUGGCUUAAACUUCUUCAUAAUCAGUGGGCAUUUACUUUGCUACCAGAUUUUCACUAUUAUGGUAAUUGUGCCUGUGCACUAUUCGUGACCAGGAUGGUUUCACUUCUAUGGAAUAGAGUCCCUGCAGUAGGAUUGCUGGGUUGAGAGAUAUGUAGAUUUAAAAUUUUUAAGUAAGUAUUGACAUUGUUUGCCAAAAAGGCUGGAACAAUUUAUAUUUCAUCAGUAAAUGUACAGUAUAAAAAUACCCUUACUCUUUAUAUCCACUAGCAAUAGCUAUUGUAGCAUUAAAAAAAAAAAAAUGGUGCGUACAGUGAUUUCUCCAUAUUAUUUUCCUGAUUGCAUUUUCCUGUUUACUGUAAAUCUGCAUAACUUUUCAUAUGUUCUUUGGUUAUUUGGAUUUCACUCAUAAUUAAAUUACCUUUUGUAUUGUAUAUCAAAUUACCACAAAUUUAGCAGCUUAAAACAAUAUCCGUUUAUUAUUUCAUAGUUAUGUGGUUUAGAACUUCAAGUGGGCUUGACUGGGCUCUCUGUUGAGUGUCCGAUAAGGCUGAAACGAAGGUGUGUGCCAGGCUUGGCUCUUGACUAAAAGAUCUGGGGGAAGAAUUCACUUCCAGCCUCAUUCAUGUUGUUGGCAGAAUUUCAAACCGUACAAUUGUAGGCUGGUUAUAAUAUGGAGGUCUCUAUUUCCUUGCUGACUGUUAGCUAGAAGUUCUUGUCUCAGCUUUUAGAGGUUCCUUUCCAGUCCAGCCCCCGCCCCCUGCCGGCCAUCUUCAAGGUUAGCAAGGACUCAUCAGAUCCUUCUUGUACUUGACUGUGUUUUCUCUUCUGCUAUCAGCCUGAGAAAACUCUCUGCUUUUAAAGGGCUCAUGUGCCUAGAGUAGGCCCACCCAGAUAAUUUCUGUAUGUUAAGGUCUAUUGGUUAAUAACCUUAAAUUACUUCCGCAAACUCCCUUUGCUUGGUAAAUGUAGCAUUAUCAUGGGAGUCACACCAGGGACAAAGAUCAUGGGGGCCAUCUUAGAAUUCUGUCUACCACAAAUAUUCAUAUUUUUAUUUAUCUUUACACUUAUGUCCAUGUUUCUAUUGUGUUUGCCUUUUUAUCUUUUAAUUUAACUAGUUCAUAGGUUUUUUGUAUAUUACACAUUAUUAAGCCUUUCUACCCUUGGUUGCAAAGUUUUUCCAACUCUUAGUUGUCCAUUGACCACUAAUAUUAUUAAAUACUUUUUCCAUAGAAAAUUUAGCCAUUUGGAUUUCACUCUUAAAGUGAAUUGCAUAUUUGUAUCUUUUUAUUCACAUUUUAAAUUUUUCUUUUUUUAUUUUUCAUUCACUUCAUUUUUUGUUAACAUUUUGCCCAUCUGUGCACUGUCUUUUUAAAAAAAAAAAUUGUAAGUGCUCUUUCUACAUUAUAUGUAAACAACUUCAUCAUAUUAUUUGCAAAUUUUCUCCAAACUAAUUUGUUUGUUUACCAUAUUUAUACCUUUUCCCAUUGAAAACUUUAUAUUAGUAUAUACUCAAGUAUAUUUUUUAUAAAAUAUGGACAUUUGUAAAUAUGUAAAAAUUUCAAAGUAUUGUGUUCACCCCUGGGUGGCAUGUACUGUAGUCUCCUAGAAUGGCUUAUCCAUUUUAUUCUUGGUUUUUGUUGUUAGUGGGUUUUUUUAUAUUUGUCUUUAGUCCAUUUGGAAUUUGUUUUUGUACAGAAUGCAAGCUAUGGAUCCAACUUUACUUUCUUCCGAGUGGGUUGCCAAUUGUUCCAAAUUUUUCCAAUGAAACAAAAUACCAACUUUAUCAUAUAUUAAUUUUUCAGAUAGAAUGAGAUUUCUCACUAUACUAUGCUGUUUCGCUUAGAGUAUCAUGCAUUUAAUUACAGUGAUUCUAUGUUUGCACACAGUGGCUUUAUAAAAUGGUCAGGCAGAGCUUUGUCCCACCCCACACUCCUGGCUACUGUUCUUUUUACUGCCCAUCUUGGCUAUUAUCAGACAUUUGAAGUUUGUGAUCAUUUUAUCCAAUUAGGGGUUGAAACUGCAUUAAAUUUAAAGAUUAAUUUUGGGAAAUUUGACAUAUGAUAUUGUCUUCUAAGAACUAAUAAAAUUGUAUCAUUUUCUGUUUGCUCAGAUCCUGUCUAUAUCAUUAGUAAGCUUGAUAUUUGAGACUUUUCUUCACUUAAGUCCUGUGUCUCUUUUUUUUUUUUUUUUUUAACUACAUGUAAACUCAUUUCUUAGUCUUUGGUCAUUAUUGAGAAUGGAUUUUUUUCCAUUUCCAUUUCUAAAGGCUUAUUAUAAAUAAAAAGCUUAUUUGUGUGUGUGUGUGUGCGCGCGCUUACCUUGUAUACAACACGUUUAUUAUAUAUAGCUACUAAAUUUUCUCAUUAAUUCCAGAAGUUUUCACUACAGUCUCUUGGGAUUUUUAGAAAUAUAAUGAUGACAGUCACAAAUAUAAUGACACUCACGCUCACAAAAUCACAAAAAUAACUUGUUUUUUUUUUUCCAGUGCUUGAAAGAUUCUUUUCUUCUCAGAAUCUUUAUUGUCUAGAAACCCCAUUAUAGUGUUAAGUGAUAAUGGUGAUAGGCAUCUCUGAGUGCUAUUGAUUUUAAUUGAAAUAGUUUGCAUAUUUAGCUAUUUUGAAUAUUUGUGUUGCUAUUUGGUAAAUAAUCUAAUUUAAAUAAAUUCUUUCCUGUUUUACCAAGAGAUUUUACUAGAAAUAGCUGCUGAAUUUUGUCAGAUGCCUUUUCAGCUUCUUUUGAUGUGGUUGUGUGUUACUGUCCUUUAAUCUGGUGACUAACUAGAUUGUUUGUGGAGCUGCUGACAUUAAGCCACUCUUGUCUCCUUGGAGUAAAACCUACUUGGUCAUAAUGUGCUAUUCUUUCUUUUAUAAAUCAGUUUUCCAGUUGCUGAUAUUUUGUUUAGAACUUCAGCAUGCAUAUUCCUAAGUGAGAUUGGUCUAUAGGUUUCUUCAGUGGACUUUUUAUUAGGUGUAAAAAAUUAUGCAGGUUGACAAAACGUGGGACUAAUCAGAAGGCUCACCCACUGCCAGUGAGAAUGCAAAUUUAUUCAAGAUGUUGGAGAACCGUUUGGAUGAAUCUACUAAAGUGAACAUAUGAAAUCUAGUAAUUCUGUUUCUGGGCAAAUACCCAAUAAAAUGCAUACAAAUGUACACCAAAGGAUAUGUUCUAGAAUGUUUAUAGCAACAUUAUUAGAAUAGCUUCAAACCAGAAACUACCUAAAAGUCUAUCUACUAUGGAAUGGAUAAAUACAUUUUGGUAUUCAUACAAUGGAAUAUUAUACAACAAUGAGAAUGAACGGUUUAUAAGUACAUGCAACAUAUGGAUGAAUCUCAGAAACAUUAUGUUGAGCCUGAAAAGGCAGCUAUAAAAGAAUACUGUAUGCUUUCCAUUAUAUAAAGUAAAAAAUGGGCAAAACUAAUCUCUGUUAACUGUUAGAAGUCAGGAGAGUGGUUAUCUUCAGUGAGAGGUAGGGGAGGAGAUAGUGGCUGAAUGGGAGUCUGAGGGGGGCUUCUGCAGUGCUGGUAAUAUUUUGUUUCUUUAUCUGGGUGCUUGUUUAUGUUGGAUUGUUUAGUUCAUGAAAAUUCAUCUAAUUUACACUUACAUGUACACUUUUCUGUAUGUAUAUUAUACUUGAAUAAAACAUUUUUAGAAAGCAA